AUGUCUCUGACAAAUGGCCAUUGUGUGAGCGAAGAAACUUGGGAGUGUCACAACAAGAUGAUGCUGGAACCUCUUGCUGUCAAUGACGCUGAGGUUUUCUCAAUCAUAAAGAAGGAGAAACACCGGCAGACGUAUGGCCUGGAGCUGAUUGCAUCAGAAAAUUUUGCAAGCAGAGCUGUUUUAGAAGCACUGGGAUCUUGUAUGAACAACAAGUAUUCAGAAGGUUACCCUGGUCAGAGGUACUAUGGUGGUACAGAACAUGUGGAUGAGCUUGAAAGACUCUGUCAGCUUAGAGCACUGGAGGCCUUUGGUCUAAACUCUGAAAAAUGGGGUGUCAAUGUGCAGCCGUAUUCUGGCUCUCCUGCAAACUUUGCUGUUUAUACUGCUAUUGUGGAGCCCCAUGGGAGAAUAAUGGGACUGGAUCUUCCUGAUGGAGGUCACUUGACUCAUGGUUUUAUGACCGAAAAGAAGAAAAUCUCAGCAACAUCUAUAUUUUUUGAGUCUAUGCCUUACAAGGUAAACCCUGACACGGGAUACAUAGACUAUGACAGACUUCAAGAAAAUGCUAAACUAUUUCAUCCCAAACUAAUAAUUGCAGGUACAAGUUGCUAUUCUCGUAACCUUGACUACGCUCGCAUGAGACACAUUGCAAAUGAGAAUGGUGCAUAUUUGAUGGCUGAUAUGGCACACAUCAGUGGCUUAAUUGCGGCUGGAGUUGUUCCAUCGCCAUUCGAACACUGUGACAUUGUUUCAACAACUACGCACAAGACACUGAGAGGAUGCCGGGCUGGACUUAUUUUUUUCAGAAAAGGUGUCAGAAGUAUUGAUGCAAAAGGCAAGGAGAUUAUGUACAACUUGGAGUCUCUUAUCAACCAAGCCGUUUUUCCUGGUCUGCAGGGGGGACCACACAACCAUGCCAUUGCAGGGGUAGCUGUAGCUUUAAAGCAAGCAAUAACUUCAGAGUUCAAGGCCUAUCAGAUGCAAGUUUUAGCCAACUGUAAAGCUCUCUCCAAUGCCCUUAUUGACUAUGGCUACAAGAUUGUGACAGGGGGUUCUGACAACCACCUCAUCCUUCUGGAUCUACGUACCAAAGGCACUGAUGGAGGAAGGGCUGAGAAAGUUUUGGAGGCAUGUGCUGUUGCUUGCAACAAGAAUACUUGUCCAGGAGAUAAAAGUGCUUUACGUCCGAGUGGCCUGAGGUUCGGCUCUCCAGCUCUAACAUCGAGAGGUUUUGUUGAAAAAGAUUUUAAGAAAGUGGCAGAGUUCAUCCACAAAUGUAUUGUCUUGACAUUGGAAGUGCAGAAAAGUAUGGAUCCUAAGGCGACCCUCAAGGAGUUUGUUCAGUCUUUGUCCCAGGGGGAGAAGUUUCAACAGCAGAUAUCUGUGAUCAGAGCUGAGGUGGAGGCCUUCGCUGGUCAGUUCCCUAUGCCUGGUUUACCUGAGCUGUAG